AAGACGACAACGGAAGACGAUGCUCUAGGUUCUUUUCCGAUUGACCCAGUUAGCUCCUCACGUUUAGCAUUAGUUUUAAUUAAAUAUCAGUCAUUUAAUGUCAUCCAGUACAAGUGGCUGCUCAUUAUUUAGCACUUUAAUGGGUGGUUUAUACAUUUUGGUACAAAACAAAAGAGCGUUGACAGCAUUAAGUGUAACAAAAUAGAGCAGCUGUUGUUAGCCACUUUGAUUUAGCUGCUAUUAAAAUGAGCUGUCAAAUGGUGGGUGCGUUGUAAAGUUGUUCCUGUGCUUCGGGUUGUCCGUAUAAGCUGGCGUGUUAUCAACGACUGCUGCCUGAUAAACAAGUUCACAGCUAUAUUGGGUCGACUUUGAAGUUACUUUGAUGUUCAGUGUGUUGUGAAGUGACUCUUCAGCCCCAUGUCUGCUGAGGCGUCAGUUGGCAGUCAUGCUGCUGACGCUGCCCAGUUUGCUAUUUACCAGCCUGCCUGCCACAACACAGAUGAGCACAGAAAUCGGGGUCUGCUGGGAAGCAAGUAUGUUAAGUUAAAUGUGGGUGGUUCACUGCAUUAUACAACUGUCCAGACAUUAAGUAAGGAAGACAGUCUGCUGCGGCGCAUGUGCAAUGGAGAAACAGAGGUUACCAUUGAUUCGGAAGGUUGGGUCAUUUUGGACAGAUGUGGCCGGUAUUUUGAUUUGGUUUUAAACUUCCUGCGAGACGGCUCCGUCCCACUUCCAGAGGACCACAGAGAGUUGGAAGAGGUUCUGAAGGAGGCCCAGUAUUAUCAGGUCCAGGGACUCAUCCAGCAUUGUACUAGUGCCAUGCAGAAAAAACAGGAUGUCUUUGAAAGUGUGUGCCGCAUCCCCAUGAUCACCUCAGCCAAAGAAGAACAGAAGAUGAUUGCCACUUGUGGAAAGCCCGUUGUAAAAUUACAGAACAACAGAGGAAACAACAAAUACUCUUACACAAGCAACUCUGACGAUAACCUGCUGAAGAACAUUGAACUCUUUGACAAGCUUGUGCUGCGAUUUAAUGGCCGGGUUUUGUUUGUCAAAGACGUGCUCGGAGAUGAGAUCUGCUGCUGGUCUUUCUAUGGUGAAGGCCGCAAAAUCGCUGAAGUAUGCUGCACCUCCAUUGUCUAUGCUACAGAGAAGAAGCAGACCAAAGUUGAGUUUCCUGAAGCUCGAAUCUUUGAAGAAACCCUCAAUAUCCUCACCUACGAGAAUGGCCGAGGAUCUGGUUCAGGAGGCUUGCACCUUUUAGAUUCAAGAGGGUCCACACUGGGAGCUGGCCAAUCAGAGGAAGAGGGUGCUGUGGGAGGAGACCGACGUGUGAGACGCAUCCAUGUGAGGAGGCAUAUAAUGCAUGAUGAAAGAGGGCACGGCCAGCAAACUGUGUAUAAGGACUAAUAAUGUGAAAACAUAUGUAAUUGUAGGAUCACUCAUAUGUACAUUUUUCAAAGUAACAUCUUAAUGAAAGAAAUGUUGUGGAUCAUAGCAAUAGCAUGAUAGUUAAAGUUGGGGUUUUUUUUUUAGAUGUCACUGCAGAAAUAUAUUGGUUGAUGACUGAUUUGCAACCAUAGUAAGUUGUAUGGAGUUAAAAGAAACGCUUCUGUUUACAAGACAACAAACUGCUAACUUAAUUAAAAUAGGAAAGGAUUAAAACUACCUGGGACAUGAAACUGGCAUGAAUGACUGCAUGCAUAAAGACACCCUUGAUAGUAAAUGAAUAGGUGUCAAAAUCAAGCUCCUAUCCUAAAGGUUGAUUUUAUCCUUAGAGCCGAAUGCCGUCUGUUGACGUAGGUGAUAAUGAUAUGCACUGGCAGCCUCCUCUGUGUUUGACACAGCAGGAAACACUGUGUUUAUUUACAUUGUGAAGUGUCUGUUGCCUUUUUGAUAAAUUGGACUGAGAUUGUGUUGGACAGUGACAAACAGAGUUUAGAUAUGUUAACACUGGAAUCAAUCAACUCAGUAGACUGAGUGAGAGGUUUUCAUGAAUGAGAUUUUUUGAGCAGCUCAUGUUUAUUUAAAUUUUUACUGCUGUUGCUUCGAAAUGUUUUUUUUAAUUAAUUUAUGAAUCUAAUUUAUUGUUUGCUAUUUAACUUGCGUAUUGUGUUCAAUCUUUAUGUAAACUAGUGCUCAAGUGAAUUUUUCAUGUUUUUGGAAUGAUAUGCAUUCUACGGCACACAUCUGUCUUUUAACUUACUCCUGUAAAUGUCUAAAUUGUGAACUUACAUUUCAGUUGUAUGUUUUAAAGAGGAAACGAGAACAUUUCUGUGACACUGUAUUUUAUUCUGAGCCAUAACUUUCACAUUAUGUCUUACACCAAACUUCUGAAAUGUGUUAAAUGUAAUUGGCCAUACAGUGAUGAUAAAAUCAAGUAAUAAUCGAUUGUAUUUAUUUAUUUCUCUCAGGGAGAGCAGUUUUUUAGUCAUCAGUAAGUAAACCAAAUUACUUUGAAUGGUGACCAAAAAAAAAACACUGAAUGAGAGCAAUUUGUAUCUCAGACCCUUUAUAAAAUCACCUUGUAAUACCUUUACUAUAUGCACUAAUAUAACCUCCGUCCAGUAGAGGUCAUGGGAAUGUUCCAAAUAAAUGACUUAUGAAAUCCA